GCUUGUUUCUAUCAAGCGUUUAAACAUUGUUUACAAAUGGCUGACAAGUGAUCUGAAAAAUUAUUUGUGUUGUUUAAAACAUAAUACAGUAUGUCAGACCGACAAAUACAUCUUAAGUUUGGUGGAAAUGCUGGGGCAAGUGUUGAUGCAUAUCUUGAGUACAAAAGGAUUGUUGGGGAUGAUGAUGGUGGAGUUAUGUUUACUCCUGACCAGUAUGAAGCAUACAAAAAGAAAGUUUUACCAAUGCGUAUGAAGAACAGAAUAUUUACAGCAUGGUCUUCUCCUACUGGUAUGGAUUGUAAAUUAAUUGGCCCAGAGACUAAAUGCUUCUGUCAACACAAAUACUCUCAACAUAGAACAGAUUUUGACAAAAUUCCAAGUGAGCGGCCAAUUCUCUUGCCAUGUAAAGUGAAGGGUUGUGGCUGCAGAAGUUACCACUAUGUUCCACAGAAUGGUACACAACCAAUACGAUGUAAAUGUAAACAUUAUACAGAUGAACACACUGCUGUACCACCUCACAAGUGCAAAAAUGGAGGUUGCAAGUGCAGUGGAUUUACCAGUUCAUAUACUUGUGGGUGUGGAUUGCCAUAUGAUGUUCAUAAUAUGAUUGUAGAAACAAAGGAAGAAAGGAUGGCCAGGGGUCACCCUGUAGGUCAAGAUGUACCAUAUCAAGCUAUGGGUGGUCUAACAGGGUUCUCUUCUUUGAUGGAAGGCUACAUGAGGCUGGACCCUAGUGGUUUAGGAGCUCCUCCAGAAGAAUUUUUAAAUCAGCCAAUCACAGCGUCAGAUCAUCCAUUCCUUCGAGCUAAUGUUGAAUCCAUUAAACAACACAGAACUAACCAAAGAGCCAUUGCAGGUCGAUCAGAUGUUGCCAUUGUAGAUGAGGACUUGGCAGAGAGAAUGUCGGCCAUGAAGAAACCAGGCGAGUCCGAUAUGGACUUUUAUGAAAGACGAUACCAGGAAAGACAAAAAGCUGAGAGGGAGAGAGCUCGUGGAAGUCGAGCAUUGCCUGCUGGGAGACUGGCAGUAGGAAAAAGAACUACAGCAGCUAAAAAAUGAUUCAGCAUUAUUAUGGUGAUUUUUUAAUGUCACAUUCAACAUCUGGUUUAGGUGUUUGGUAUCAGUUAUAAUUCUAUGAAUUAAAAAGCUGUUAUUAGCUUCAGUGACAAUGGUAGACUAAGUGUGUUUUGUUUCUUGGGUUUAAUUUUUAGAACAGUAAACAUUAAAUUACAU